UUUCCAUUUAAUUCACAUUGUAAACAAACUACGUUGCCUUUUGUUAAAAUAUUCUAAACGCAAUAUAAAGCGUCAUUUUUCUCCAAACGUCUACGAAUCAAAAAAGUUUAAAAGAAAUUUAUAAAGCGUUAAGGGAUCUUAGAUUUUAUAACCAAAAUCUUAAAAUGCAACGCGAAGAGAAGCAAUUGGAGAUGACUUUGGAGGCAGUGAUGAACCGGCUGAAUGACUUGAAAAUAUCCAUAGGCGCCAUGGUUCACAAACUCGAAACUGAGUACGAAACGAUUAAUUGGCCAACAUUUUUAGACAAUUUUGCUUUAAUUUCUAGUCACUUAACCGGUCUUUCAAAAAUACUAUCUAAAGAAAUGUGUCCACUGUUACGCAACCGUACGGUUUUGCCACUGAUGGUCUCGCCUGAGCGCGAUGAAUUAUUGGUGAAUUUAACGCAAGGUCGUGUUCCCGUCUUUUCGCAUGAUAUAGUACCCGAUUACUUACGGACGAAACCCGAUCCUAUGGCUGAGCAAAAAAUGAUACAAAAUGAACAGAAAGCCGCAAAUUUAUCAACAGAAACUGCUGUGAAACAGGUCACGCAGUACAACAAGGUGGUGUCCCACGUAUUGGAAAUGGUUAGCAAAGCGCGUGAAGAAUGGGAAAUUGAAGCUUCAUCAAGACCGGGUAUACAACAGACUAGCAGCAUGGCCGAUACGCAUGCUUUGGCAGCAGCGGUAGGUAAUGGCAAAGGCCUAAAAGUGGGAAUUCCGAUGUCAGUGCCUGGAGGCGUUCCAGGAAGUAUGAUGGUACCGCCAGGUAUACGUGCUCCCAGUCCUAUGAGCUCAGUUAGUCCGGGCGGCGUAAACCAAUUAGGAAAAGCACCGUCCGCCAUCAAGACGAACAUUAAGUCAGCUAUGCAAGUUCAUCCGUUUUCUAGAUAAACUUCCAAGUUUGCAAUUGUAAUUAAUAAUCCCAAUUAUUGUAACGAACCAAACUAGCUUAAUUUUAGAGAUAAAUCUACGAAACUAACCUUUU